GCCACAGCGACGCGGACGCCAUGGCCGCCGUGCCCGAGCCGCUGCCGCCCGCCGAGGCCGAGGCGCUUGUGCGGGCCCUGCAGGGCACCGAGCUGCGGGACAUCGGCGGGCAGGGAUGGCUUCGGCAGCACGAGUAUGUGGAGAAGCUGAACAUGCACGGCAUCCUGAGUGCCUCAGCAGGCCAGGAGCAGCUCCUCACCGAGCUGCUGGUCACCCAUGCCAAGAUUCCUGUUCUCAUUGGGGAGCUGAUCUCUGUGGAGAUCUGGAAGCACAAGAUCUUUCCCGUGCUGUGCCGGCUGGAGGACUUCAAGCCAAGAAGCACCUUCCCCAUCUACGUGGUGCUGCACCACGAAGCCUCCAUCAUCAACCUCCUGGAGACAGUGUUCUUUUACAAGGAGAUCUGUGAGUCAGCAGAGGACAACAUUCUGGAUUUGAUUGAUUAUUGCCACCGCAAGCUGAUCCUGCUGGCAGCUCGGAGCACCAAGGCACAAGCAGUGACCUCAGCGGAGCUUCGUGCUGAGCAUCUGGCCAGCCCCUCAUCCAUGCAGGAGCUGCAGAAGCAGGCAGAGAUGAUGGAGUUUGAGAUUUCCCUGAAGGCCCUGUCUGUGCUACGGUUCAUCACUGACCAGGUGGACAGUCUGCCCCUGGGUGCACUGACACGGAUGCUGAACACCCACAACCUGCCCUGCCUCCUUGUUGAGCUGGUGGAGCAUUGCCCCUGGAGCUGCUGGGAAGCAGGCAAGCUCAAGAAGUUUGAGAAUGGCACAUGGCAUGUGGUGCCCCCUGAGGACCAGGUGAAGAUGACCAAACUCGAUGGGCAGGUGUGGCUUGCCCUGCUCAACCUCCUGCUCAGUCCCGAGUGCCAGCGCAAAUACCGCUUUGAUGGCUUCAACAGGAGCCAGCUCCUCAAGCUCCGUGCAUUCCUGACAGAUGUCCUCAUUGACCAGCUGCCCAACCUGGUGGAGAUGCAGAGAUUUCUGAGUUACCUUGCAGUGACAGAGCCUGCUCCCCCCAAAAAGGAUCUCAUCCUGGAGCAGGGAAGUCCCCAUUUACAGCCCUGGUCUGAGGCUGCUUGGCACACCGUGUACAGAGGGACAUCAUGAUGGAGUCUGGAGUUAAACUGGUCCCAGCUGGUGUCUGGGCCUUUGGGAGUUAGGCCAUGAAGGUCUUUAAACAGCCAAGACGUUCUUGGGGGUUUUAAUCCAUGCAGUGGUAAUCUCUGGAGAAAAGUGUUUUUAUGUGUUUCUACUGCCUUCUUACAACCUGAGGGGAGAAACUGAGUGUGGGGGCAGAUCUGCAGAGUCUGCUGAGGAGAACUGGGAGCACAGAGGCUCUUCCCCACUGCCAGAGGCUCCCACACCGCUUCCUGGAGGAGAUGGGUAUGUUGAGCAGUGGCUGGCUGGGCUGUCCCCAGUGGGAGCACACUGGCCCCAUUGCAGCUGGCUGUGUGGCCUGGGAGGAGGGUGAUGUGCCCUGUCAGAGGUGGCUGUGGCUGAGCUGGGGGCAUGGCCCAGGCUGGGAGCUGGAGCUGGGGAAGCUGCAGACUGGCAAGCUGAGGUGUUGGGGCUGGGGAUGGCAGCAGGGCGGAGGUGGACAUGGAUUCAUGCCACGUGCCUUGACUGCCAAUGUGUUGGUGGCUCAGUGACAGGCAGCUGCCACACUGGGGACCUGCUCCAGCCCUCACCCAGGCUGCUGCCCUUCUCCAUAACCCUGCUUUUGUGCCUGUGCUGCUCCUCCCCUGCCAAGGGCUGGGGGUGAGCAUGGGGAGCCAGCAGGAAGCACAGACAUGGGCUCCCUGCUCUGCCCAGAGAGUGGUGAACUCACUCCUUGUUGUUGAGCCAAGCUAAGGAAAGGCCUUUUUCCAUUUGGCUGCUCCCAGAGCAGCCUCCUCCCCUUCCUUGGCUAUUUUUACUCUGCUGGAGAAGGCAGCGCUGUUUGAAGCAGCAUCAUCCACUCCAGAGCCCGAGUUCAGCACACUGCUCUUGGCCGGGACGUUUCCUUUUGCGCUGGCCAGCCCUUCCCCGGGUGUUCAUCUUCAGGGACGUGACGAGCGGAAAAAUCUGCUCAGACAAACGGCUCUGGAGCGUGGGGUUCACGCCGCUGCCACAUGCAGGGUGCUGAGGUCCCAGGGCUUUCUUUUCAGCAGCCCAGGUCUCAAGGCUGAAUACUCAUUCCCAACUGGACACCAAAGGUCUUGCCUUGUUUCACCUCAAUGCCCACUGGAAAGUGGCUCCUUCGCCUUCCAUUCCCCUCCUGCUUCCAAAAGCACACCCUCUGCACCUCUGCCUGCCCUCCUGGAGGGCCAUGCUUCUUGUGCCCAGGGCUGGCUGCCUUCUCCCCAAACCACAGCACCUUUUUUAGGCUGUUAGCACCUUUUCCCCUGCCCUGCCUCUCCCAUCAGGUUCCUGUCAUCUGGGACCAUAUCCUCAAGAAAAACUCGGGGAAGUGGGAGGCCAUUGCCAAGCACCAAGUGAAGCAUGCCUUCAGCCCCACUGAGGAGGAGUUGAAGCUCCAG